CUCAGUUCCAUUUGCAGUGCGUGAAGAAGUUUCGUUCUCAGCAAAUUCCUGCCGGAAAAUAGUGAAUUUCCACUUCGUGAGUGCCUCAAUCCGUCUCAAAUCUGACUGUGCAUCUUUCUGUGUGCCGCGUGACCCGAGACCGGUGAGAUGUCAGAGAAGCCGCGCAAGAGAAAAGACAAAAAGAAGAAAGAUAGUGUCUCGGAUGCUGCUGAGAUCGCCAGGAGGCUCAGCACCAAAGAGGACGCAGAUGCAGGCGAGAGUGUCACGUCACAUCCCAGUGGCGUGCAGUCGAUGGGGCCGGACGAUGUGCAGCUGCACGUGCACAAGGAUCACGGAACUGGCGGUCACUGGUGCGCCAAGAUCGUCUUCUUCGCCCUGCUGGCCAUUCUGGCGGGUCUCGUGGGACUGAUCAUCCUGGAGAACAGAGGCUUGUCUGAUGUUGACACGCCGCUGUCCGAGUCGAGGUUCUCUGACAUUUUGGAAGGAUGGGUGGAUGAGAAUAGAGAGAGUCACGAUAGUCACGACGAUGUAUUGGCAUCUCUGGAGGAAUUGGAGGAUCAUGAGCAUGGAGAGCCUUUUGAGGAGGAGGAGGAUCACGAAGAAGGAGCAGAAGACGAUGAAGACGACGAGCAUGAUGAUGAAGAUGAUCAUGAUGAGGAAGCAGACGAUGAACAGCAAGAGGACGACGAAGAAGACAAUGACGCACAAGAAGAUGACGAAGAAGAAGAUGAUGAUGAGGUUGAUACCGCUGCUGCUGAUGAUGAAGAUGAAGAUGAAGAUGAGGAGAAAGAUGAUCAAGAAGUUGACGAUGAGGAGAACAAAACCAACGAAGAGGAAGAUGAUGAGGAGAAUGAUGACAACGAAGUUGACAACGCAAAUGAUGACAAUAACGACGAUGAAGAUGACAAUAAUGAUGAAGAUGACAAUAAUGAUGACGACAAUAAUGAUGAAGAUAAUGAUAACAAUGAUGAUAACAAUGAUGAAGACAAUGACGAUGAUGACGAUGAUGCUCCAUUUGAAGAGCAAAUUGUCACUAACAAAAACCACGCAGUGCCUCUAACCAAAUUGAGUGCUGCCACUAAGGAGACUGAAGCGGUAACAGUUGCCGAACUGGAAGUACAAAUAGAAGCCAUGAAGAGUGCCUAUGACGAAGUGGCGCAGCAAUUGGGUAGGCCAUCUUUCAGUGAACUGAAGGAUUCCGGUCAAGAGUGUCUGGUUGAGGACUUUUCAGACAUUCCUAUGAUAAAGUUGGACGACAAUGGAUCGCAGGAAGAUGUCAUUGAUAAUGAUGCUGGUGAGGAGCUCCAUUUGAAAAAGAUGGCCCAAAAGGUCGAGCCAGAAGUGGAUGAUGAUGCAGAUGAUCAACUAGCGAGUCCCUCAUCUUCACUUGCUGAAAAGAUCCUCAUCGGUUUGGCCCUUGUUGUGGUUGCACACUCCGUUUUGCUCAGGAAGACAUUCAACAAAGAAGGAAAAGCAGCUGAGGAGCCAGAGAUUGUUAAGGACAGUGUUCAGCAGACUGAGGAGGAGUUGAUUGUUGAUGAAGGACUGAUUGAUAUGCGGCGCAGGCUGACAAUUGGCACGGAAGAAGAGCCUCUGCCAGAGCCUGACGAGGAGGAAAUUUAUGAUGAAGAGGGCGAGGAUUUGGAGUACUCUGAGGAGGAGUUGGACGAAGAAGGACCUCUGGAAGAUCUCGAGGAGUACGAAGAGGAAGUUGCUGAUGAGGUUCCGAUGCCGGCGACGUUCGAAGAGCUGAACGCCAUGUACAAGCCAAAAGAGAGUCCUGCUGAGGAAGUGUCGAAGCCACCGCCCAAAGUCACAAUCGAAGAGCCUCCUGACUUGGCCAAGAAGCGUCAGGAUGAGGAGGAGGAAGAGGAGUAUUCGGGUGAGGACGACGCUGAGUAUGCUGAAGAGGAAGAGUACGAAGGCUCGGAUUACGAGGCGGAGGAAUUGUCCGAUGUUGAUGACGACGAUCUCAUGAAGCGCUUGGAGGAGAAGUACGGAAAGCUGCCACAGUCGAGUGACAGGGAAGAGGACGAGGAGGAUAAAUCGUGGACAAAAAUCCCACCGAAAUCUGGCGCGCAGUCGCUUGAUGAUGAUCUUCUAGGCGCCAAUGAUGAUCUUGAAGAUAACCCAGAAAGCGCCCUGAGAGCCUUCGAUAGGGCGCUGCAGAAGUCUCCGAAGAGUCCAGAUGCACUCUUUGGGCGCGCCAGAGCGCUGGACAGAUUGGCUGAGGUGCACAAGAGCAAUUCCAUUCUGCGGGAUGCUAUCAAAGCUUACGAGGCCGUCCUCAGGCUGAAGGUGAAUGUGUCUGAUGAUCUGUUCACGGCGGCGGCGACAAGAUGCAUCGACAGGAUGAGAUUUCUCGGGCUCCACUCUCUGGCGAUACCCAUUCACGAGGCUCUCAUUCUGCGCUUUGAUGACCAGCCUGAGUACCGCAAUCAGAUGGCAAUCACUUAUCUGCUGGUCAACAAACUGGCCGACGCCAAACUCGUUCUUCAUCACACUCUGUUGCGCUGGCGCCACGAUCCUGUCGCUCUCGUUCACUAUGGCUUCGUGCUGCAAGCCCUGGAUCGUGACUAUGAGGACGCGGCUCUCUAUCUCACCGAAGGACUGGCCAGCAAUGCUGAAGGCACGCAAGACGGACGCUUUUAUUUUGCCCUCGGAGAUUCCCUAAUUCGCCUGGGAAAGACGAAAGAGGCGCGCAAUGUCUUCCGCUUGGGAGCGAAGAAGAAGCUCUUCCUAUCGCAAUACCAAAGAUCCCUGUACAAUGUCGAUACGCUCAAGUCCAGACCUUUCUGGACGAUGGACGAGACAGGAAGCGGGAAACUCUUCGAGACGCUUGAGCAGAAUUGGAGGCUAAUCAGAGAUGAAGGAAUGAAGCUCUUGAGUGAGGAGGGCUUCUUUACCGACGAGACGGAGAAUCUAAGGGAUCAAGGUGACUGGAAACAGUUCGAUUUGUUCGUGCAAGGGCAGAGACUAAAGAAAAACUGCCAAAAGACUCCACUCACGUGCAAUAUCAUGGAAUCCUUCCCGGCGGCGCGCUUCUGCACGCGUGGCCAGAUUAAGUUCAGCGUAAUGCAUCCGGGAACGCACGUUUGGCCCCACUGUGGGCCAACGAAUUGCCGCAUUCGCGCACAUUUGGGGCUCAAAGUGCCGCCCGGAACGGCUUUGCGGGUGGCUGAGGAGACGAAGAGUUGGCAGGAGGGAAAAGUGCUCAUCUUUGACGACAGUUUCGAGCACGAAGUGUGGCACAAUGGCACAAGUGUGCGUUUGGUGCUCAUCGUGGACAUCUGGCAUCCGGACUUGACGGAGGAGCAGCGAAAGAAUCUCCAUCCGAUUUAAUUGCGGAGCUUUGACUUAAUAAUGACCAAAGUGCCUUCUUCUUUCACUUAAUAGAUUUUAGAUUUAUUUAGAGAAUCAAUAGGAAAAACGUUGUGCUUCCCAAUCUGACGGAUGAUCAAAUUAUCGUGUUUUAUGUGUUUCAUUUGAAUCAAAUUGGGCGCACUUCCGUUCCUUUGUGAUUGUUAAUUAGAUUUUUAAUAUGAAUUCUGUUUCAUUGUGACAAUAUGAGAGAAAAAGACCCAUGACAAUGAUCUUUGUACCAAAAGAUUCUGUAUAUCGAAAUAAAAGAGAUUUACAGAGAUUUUAAGAA